GCAGCAAGGGUAGGAGCUUUCAUAGAAAGCCUUCUGUGAUAAAGCAUCAUAAAAAGGAAGGAGGCACAAGGUCACUGAGCCCACUCCACCUCCUUCAUCUGCUAGAGGUUAAAAGAGAGCAAGGGCAAAUUCCCAGACACUGGGACCUACUCGGCCUUCUAGAGAUGAUGAAGCUCCUCCUGCUCCUGCUGGCCUUCUCUCUGCCCCCCAGGACAGAGGCAGGGGAGAUCAUCGGCGGACAUGAGGCCAGGCCCCACUCUCGACCCUAUAUGGCGUAUCUUAAGAUCAUGGAUCAGAAUUCUCAGAGGACAUGUGGUGGCUUCCUAAUACGAGAGGACUUUGUGCUGACUGCUGCUCACUGUUCAGGGAGCUUAAUCAAUGUCACCUUGGGGGCCCACAACAUCAAAGAAGAGGAGAAGACCCAGCAGAUCAUCCGUGUGGCAAAAAUCAUUCCACACCCCACAUAUGACGCUAAGAAAAUCCUCAAUGACAUCAUGCUGUUAAAGCUGGAGAGGAAGGCCAAGAGGACUAGAGCUGUGAAGCCCCUCAACCUGCCCAGGCGUAAUGUCCAAGUGAAGCCAGGGGAUGCUUGUUAUGUGGCUGGUUGGGGAAAGAUGGCCCCAACAGGCACCUUUCCAAAGACACUACAAGAGGUAGAGCUGACAGUCCAGAAGGAUCAGGAGUGUGAGGCCCACCUUCAAGGCUUUUACAACAAAGACGUUGAGAUCUGUGCAGGGGAUCCAAAUAUCAAGCGAGCUUCCUUUAGGGGGGAUUCUGGAGGACCUCUCGUGUGUAAAAAAGCAGCAGCGGGCAUCGUCUCCUAUGGACGUGCUGAUGGUUCAGCUCCAAGAGCCUUCACCAAAGUGUCAAGUUUCCUAUCCUGGAUAAAGAAAACAAUGAAACGCAGCUAACUACAGAGCAAACCAGACCCCUCCCUGACUUACCAUCUUCCCUACAGCUGAGUCCAGAAUUGUGCUAGGACAGAAGCCAGCAUCUUAAUAAAGGUCUCUUUGCUGAA